AUGGUCUGGGCCCUUCAUCAAUGGCCCAUCAUUGGCCUGGUACUCCUUUGUGUCAGGGUCGCCGGGCAACAGCGCCCACCGUUCCCAUGGAUACUGCUCGGAUUGAUAGUUGCCAGUUGGUGCAUUCUCCCCGUGCACGCGGGCUACGACGCGUCAUCCCUUCAGAAGGUAGGUGCAAAGGCAUGUGCGAUGGACAUAAGCCGGCUCCUUCCUACCCCUUGCCAGAGUAGUAAGCACCGUGACGCUUCUCUCCUGCCGAGCAGUGUCUUCUAUCUGAACUGGGCCGUAGAUCCUGAUUCAGACUCUGACGAUGAAGAUGCCAUUGCAGCUCGGCCCACGUUGCUUGAGCAGAGCAUCCAACGUUCGGACAGUAUGGCACUUUACGAGGCUGCCAUUCUCCUCGAUGUCCUUUUUGAACACUUUGCUACCUGUGGCCCUCCGAGGGCUGGUGCCACAGCGCAAUCUCGGGUCCCACUAAGUCUCGCUGACAUCGUUCCUCAAACGCCCUAUCAGCUUCUGUGCCAGAGGCUUGCCAGCCUAAUACCGGCAGCAGUUCUUGACUUGAACCGGGCAGCCGAGCAGGACUGGCUCGACAAUGACUUGGCCGGCAUUGCAUCUUUUCCCGAGGCCGCGCUUAGUUUGCGCAGAGUGCUCCCAGACAUUGUGUAUUGGCAUAACAUUUGCCGCCCUGGCCAGCCCAUAUGGGUCGACAUCUACACGGAUGGGUCCGCCAGUGGCCGUGCCGAACCCUUGGCUUCGGCGCCAUGCGGAUGGGCUUUCAAUGUUUGGAUCACAACUGCAAAGGGGUGCUUCUACUAUGGUCACGCUGCAUCUACAGCGGUCGCUCCACAUACGCCCUUUUGCCUCGGUGAACCCUGCGACUCUCCAUUAGUCAGUGAAGUUCUGGCCAUCUGCUGGGCAUUGUGUUGGGUGAUAGAGUAUGGUCCGGCUUUCCAUUGCCCCAUCUGCCUGCAAUACGAUUGCCUUGCCGCCGGUGACGGCACCUUCGCGCAGUCUGCCCCGGCUCACUUGUCGUCACUGUCAGACUAUCCUGUUCUCAGCCACACUGCUGUGGCCUUGCGUCAGGUGGCCACGCGGCGCGUUGAUCUGCACCACACUCAUGUGCCCGGACAUAAGGGCGAUCUUGGCAAUGAAUUGAGUGACGCCCUCGCUAAGCGUGCCAGACUUUCGAUCCAGAGCUACGAGGAGAGGGCCCUUCCUCACUGGCCCGCCUGCCUUGUCUUACAUCCUUUGCUCCAAUGGGCUUGGCUUGCUGCAGACCAUGCCGGGGAUUUGCCUGCUCUAUACGCUUUGGAGGCCGAGGCCAAGCGUUUGCAACGUUUGCCACAACCUUCCCGACCGGCCCCUUGUAUGGGUCGACAGGCCGGAGGUGGCACUUCGUCCUCCCUCUUGCAUUACCACCUUUGCGCGGCCACCUACAAUGUCCUGACAUUGCUGGAUAAACCCGUGGGCGUGAAAACAUCUGCUCAGGUAGGUGUAAAAAUGCAUGGCCGGCGCCACCUUUUGGUGAGGCAGAUCAAAGCGGCAGGCAUCCUUUUCUUUGGGCUACAGGAGACGCGCAUCCAAGAAAUGGCAUCUUUGCCUGAUCGGGAGUACUGGAUGCUCCAUGCUCCGGCCAGUCCGGCCGGACACUUUGGUUGCGCAUUGUGGAUCUGUCGUAACCUUCCUUAUGCCACGUGUGGCAACCAGCGGUUCUAUAUCGAGCUGGCACAGUGUACCGUCGCGGCAGUUUCACCGCGGCACCUGCUCGUACAUAUCUCCGCACCACAUCUGCGCCUUGCAGUCUUGGUUGCCCACGCCCCUUCCGACCCACAAGAUAGUCAGGGGAUAGUUCGGGAUUUUUGGGCUCAGCGAGCCAAGGAAAUCAAGAAACUACCGACUGGUACUCCUCUGCUCGUCCUAGCUGAUGCCAACGCGCGGCUAGGCGGCCUAGAAAGCGCCGCUGUGGGAGCACAGGGGGCAGAAACCGAGAGCCCCGCGGGCACUGCCUUUCACGACUUCCUUCUUGCGCACCAGUUGUACUUGCCCUCCACCUUCGCAGAUAUACACCGCGGUGCUUCGUGGACGUGGCAGUAUGCUCCGGGCGUCACACACCGACUUGACUAUGUUGCUGUUUCGCAACAGUGGCGCUCUGUUGCACAGGACACUAGGGUCUGGUACGACAUUGAGGCGCUCCAGAAGAAAUGUGACCAUCAGCCGGUGGUCUGGACGUGUGCGUAUGCACGUGCCCCCACUGCUGCCCCAGCGACAUUCCGCCGUGCGGCGUGUCGCCCUAACGACUUGGAUCCAGGAAUGGAUCGGGGCGCCUUCCGUGCUUUGCUUGACCAGAAGCCUUUGCCGGGCUGGCACGUUGAUGUGGACAGCCACUACCAGACUCUGGUCACGACCUGGACACAAACAGGCCGACAAGUCAUGCCUAGAAAGGCACAGCGGCCCCAGCAGACAUUCCUUACGUCCACCACCCUUGACCAUGUCCAGCAACGCAAGCGACUCCGGCAAUGCCUCCGGGACGCCGAGGCAGAAGUCAACAAGCGUCUGUGCCUAUGGGGCUUCGCGGUUUUCACCCACCACCGCGUAGGCAGUGUCUUAAGCGUCCAGGUGGUUGAGCAGACUCGGCGGUGGAUCCGUGCCGCCGACCACGUGGUGGCCGGGUACUGGGCCGCUUUGAACCAGGCUUGUGUCCAGGAACUAGGGGUCGAGACCACCGCUGACCAGUAUGCCCAAGCAUUUGCGCCUGUUGCUCCCGCUUGCCCUGAAACCACAGCCACCCUCUUUGACUGGAAUCUUCUUCCCACGUUGGCCGAGCUGGAGAGAUCGAUACUUGGUCUGAAGCGAGGCAAGGCUGCCGGCCCCGACAGCAUUACGUCGGAGCUGCUCAAACUCCACACCGGGGGCGCAGCUCGUCGUCUUCUUCCACUUUUUGCGAAGAGUCUUCUGGCUUUGCGGGAGCCGGUGGAGUUUAAGGGAGGCGCGCUUUUCACGCUCGCCAAACGUGUCUCAGCAUCUCUUGAGUGCGGUAAACACCGAAGCAUCAUGGUUUCUAGUGUUCCUGGAAAACUCAUGCACCAGAGCCUACGGCGGAGACUGGUCCCCCUCUUAAAGAAGCACGGCCAUGACCUCCAAGGGGGGGUGCAUGCAGGCAUCGGCGUAGAUGCGAUCGCUCUGGCAGUGCGCUGCUUCCAGGCGCACACCACCUCCGCCGGUUUCCUGCCAGGGCUCAUUUUCUUUGACGUGAAGGCGGCGUACUAUCAAGUUGUGCGCGAGACCCUCACAGGAGUUCCUGAUGCGGCCAUCGCAGACCUCAUGGCACAGCUCACGAGGCUCAACCACCUCGCCUCAUAUGGCAGCUCUGAUCAUUUGAUCGGUAUGGCCCGAGAGCUUUUUAGAGGGACAUGGUUCCGAUUGGAUGCGGAUAGCACCCUAGUCUCCACCAAAGCCGGUGUUCGUCCGGGCGACCCUCUUGCCGAUAUCUUCUUUGCUGUUAGUUUCAGUGCCUACGUCCAGUCUGUGCAGCAGGAGCUGAUUGAUAACGAUCUCCAUACUGUCCUCCCGCCGUGUCGGCAGGCACCUCCAUUUGAUGACCUCGACCGGCCCGUGUCCUCCACCCGGCCUCUUGGGCUGAUGACUUUGGCCACGGCAAUUGGGAUGCAGUUGACCUUUGCUGAGGACAAAACAGCAGUGGUCCUUCCACCGGGGGUCUACCACGGCACCUAUGACGCCUUUGAGCCAGCUUAUCGACAUCUUGGCGGCGUCGCCCGUGCCAGUUUGUAUCUCCGUCUAAUUGAGCACGGCCCUGCUACCUUAGUGCACCUCUUGUGGUUGCAAUGGGAGGCCACGCCGGGUCGCUCAUGGCUAGGUCAGGUGUUGGACGAUCUUCGCCACGUUGCCCAGUACCAACCCAGUGUCUCUGUCCUUCUAUCGGGAAAUCAUCCCAUCCAUACCUUGUCCGAGACUCUGACCACCGAUCGUUCUUGGUGGAGGCGACAGGUCAACGCCGCCAUCCGUACUUGCCUACAGGAUUUGCAGAAGUGGGUGGCCAACCAAGCCCAAGGAGAGGUUCCUGCGCAACCAGCAGUGUCUUCGCUGGAGCAGGCGCAUGAGUUCGCCUGCCCCUUUUGCUCUGCCAGCUUCCCUCUCCGCAAACACCUUGGCGUACAUGUUGCCCGGCGGCAUGGUAUGCCUGCUCCUGCCCGCUUGUACACGCACCACCCGACUUGUGUUGCCUGUCUCCGCCAUUACCACACUGUUCCCCGUGCGCAGUAUCAUCUCAAGGCCUCCCGGGCGUGCAUGGAACGGGCCUGUGAGUUGCUUGUCCCUAUGAGCUUGGCUGACAUCAAAGAUGUUGAAGCAGCUGAUAAGGCAAGGGUCAAGAAACUGCGUCAAGGAGAAUGGCAUACCUUUCAAGCGGCACCGCCUGCCUUGCAGGCAUUUGGCCCUCUGCAGCCGACACGCCUAGAGCUCCUGGAUUACUUGGGCGAAGAGGCCCCACUAACGCUCCUCCGUCGUCCCGCCCCAGACCCGGAAAUAAUUGCGUGGGUGCACUCUGAACUGCCCAAGCGUACCACGGAGCCUCCACGGACAGGCACAUGCAGUUUUUGGGCCCAUCGCAUCGCCUGA